CCCGAUGUCACAAUGGCACCAAACCACCCCUGCCAGUUUGCCCCCAAGCCAGGGUGGAUGGCACCCAGCCCCUUACAGACGGGUUUUGAAGACAGGAAUUGCCAGGCAGAACCAAAUAGAAAAGUACCCAGGAUUUCGGAGAAGCCGACCACAAUGACAGCUCCAGCACCACUGCCCCAGCGCCGCUGCCACCCCUCCAGGGCCAUCCAGUACAUCCUGCUGGACAGCUGCAGGAACAUCCCAGCAUCCCACAUCCUAGCCAGCAUGGACUCCUACAGGGCCCACAGAGGGUCUGCCUCCUGCCACCCCAUCAAUCACGUCCCCAGCACAGCCGUGAGCAGCUGCUCCCUACACCCCAGUUACCUCCCAAUGUUCCCCAUCCUCCACAGGAAGCCAGCCCAGGGCUCAGGGCACUCUCUGGACGCUAGGAAGAGGCUGCCAGUGUUCCUGCAGCUGUGUGGGGACGAUGUGUCAACCACAGCCCCCAGAGAUGCGCACCUGCAAACCUUAAGCCAUGAGCGGAAAGGGCAUCCCAAUGCCAAAGCACUGAGGGAAGGCAAGAGAGGGCAGAGGAUGAAGAAGAUGGCGGGGUGCACCCUGAGUGAUAAGGCAUGAAUCACUGUGAAAUAGCUUCUGAAUAAAAGAUAGUGUUCUUGGUGUCCUUACA